AUGUUGAUUAUCGAACAUUUACUUAAAGUAUUGUGGAAAUUAUGGAGCAUUUUUCAACUUUAUUUCUUCAAAACACCAAGGUCAAAACAACCAAUCCCUCUCAGUGUUAAUUAUCAUUUAACUCGUGCGUGUAACUAUCAAUGCAAAUUCUGUUUCCACACAAAUAUUACUAAUGAUCGUCUCCCAUUAGACGAAGCAAAACGUGGAAUGCAUUUAUUGAAACAAGCUGGUACGAAAAAAAUUAAUUUUUCUGGUGGUGAACCAUUUUUAAUUGAAAAUGGACGUUAUGUUGGUGAACUAACACGUUAUGCCAAAGAAGAAUGCCAAAUGGCAACAAGUAUUGUUUCAAAUGGAAGUUUAAUAACAGAAAAAUGGUUUGAAACAUAUUCAAAAUAUUUAGAUAUACUUGCUAUAUCAUGUGAUUCAUUCGAUGAUGAAUGUAAUCGACAAGCCGGACGAACCAAUGGCCGUCGAAAUCAUUCACAAAUCUCUCAUGUACGUCGUGUAAGACAUUUAUGUGAACAAUAUAAUAUUAUAUUUAAAGUGAAUUCUGUUAUACAUGCACUUAAUUAUCAAGAAAAUAUGGUAGAUGCAAUUGAACAACUUAAACCAAUACGAUGGAAAGUUUUUCAAUGUUUACUUAUCGAUGGCGAAAAUAUGGGUGGAGAAAAUAAACGCGAUGCACGAGAUUUGAUUAUAACCAAUGAACAGUUUACAGAUUUUUGCCAACGUCAUCAACAUUUAACAUGUUUUGUGCCAGAAUCAAAUUUAGCAAUGAGAAAUUCAUAUUUAAUACUCGAUCAAAAUAUGCGAUUUUUGGAUUGCACAAAAGGUCGGAAAGAUCCUUCGCCGUCUAUACUUGACGUUGGUAUUGAGGCAGCCUUAGAUCGAAGUGGCUUUGACGAAAACAUGUUUUUUGAACGUGGUGGUCAAUAUCAAUGGACAAGAGAUACUGCAGAUGUAAACGAUUGGUGA